AUGUAUAAUGAUGUGUCCGUUACUGGUAUUAAAGAACCAUGUAUCUGGAAUGAUGUAGGAUCUUUUAAUGUAACAACCAACUAUAGUGUGGAUAUAAUGCAUGAUAUGGCAGAAGGGGUAUGCAAAUAUGAUGUAGGUCUUAUACUGAAAGAAAUGAUUUAUAAUCUCAAGUAUUUUUCUCUUGAUACAUUAAAUAACAGAAUAGAGUCCUUUAAUUAUGGACCAGUAGACAUUAGAAGUAGGCCAACACUAAUUACAGAUACAAGUUUGAAACGAGAAGGGUACCUCAAAAUGUCGGCCUCUGAAAUGUUAUGUCUUACAAAAUACCUCGGGUUGAUAAUAGGAGAUUUGGUGCCGGAAGAAUCUGAACUUUGGAAUUUAUAUAUUCUAUUAAAAAAAAUCCUUGACAUUAUUUUUUGCAAAUGGAUACAAAAUCAGGAUGUAAUUUUAUUGCAAUCAAUUAUUACUGAACACCAUGAAUUAUAUAAAACAUUAUUCCAAAAUAUUUUGCAACCUAAACACCACCAUAUGGUUCAUUAUCCGUUAAUUAUAAAAAACUCUGGUCCUCUAUCCCUAUUUUGGUCAAUGCGCUUUGAAGCUAAACAUAAAGAACUAAAGGAAACGGCACAUUCAAAUACAUCACGAAAAAAUAUUACAUGA